CUCGCCUGCAGGAAAUGAAAAGCUGAUGUUUACAGGCCUUGAAUACCAAUUUUCCAUAUCCCCGGAGAUAAAUAAAACCCAGCAAGUGCUACUGAGCAGGAGAUAAAAUAAUGAGAGCAUCAUAAGUGUUAUCUCACAUCAGGAGAGCCUCUGAGGAGCAGGUUGUAAAAAGCAGAGGUGGAGCAUCCAGACAUGCCCAGAGGCUUCAGCUGCUUGGCGAGCCCUGAGGGGGCAGGCAGCAGGUAUGAGACCCCCCCGGCUUCUGAGCUCCAGAGGCUGAUGUGGAUAAUGAAAGGCACCAGCAGCCAUCUGGAUGAAGUUCAUCCCCGGAUCUAUAUUGGAGACAUGUACGCAGCUAAAGACAAGAGGACCCUCCAGGCUCACCACAUCACCCAUGUGCUUAACGCCGCUGAUGGGAAGUUCAACGUGAACACGGGGCCCAGCUUCUACCGAGACACCAAAAUCACUUAUUAUGGAGUGGAAGCUUUCGACAUGCCGUCCUUUAACUUGAGGCCCUUCUUUUACCCAGCGGCCAAUUUUAUCAAGAACGCUCUGAGCUCGCCCACAGGUAAGGUGUUCGUCCACUGUGCGAUGGGUCUCAGCCGCUCGUCCACCUUGGUUCUGGCCUACCUGAUGAUCCACGAGAACAUGACGCUGGCGGACGCCAUCAAAGGUGUCAGCGCCAACAGGAACAUCUCACCAAACCAUGGUUUCCUGGAGCAGCUCAGAGAGCUCGACAAGGAGCUGCACGGCCAGGUGUCAUCGAGGAGCUUGAGAUAAAAUCUGUUGCUCCAUGAAUUCAGAAUAUAUUGUUGCUUCGCGUUAGUAUCGGAGUGUAAGGUGGAUGAUACUGUCGAAACAUGUUGUAAUUGUCCUUUCUUUGUAAAAUAAAUUCCAUUUUUGAAGAAA